AUGUCUCAACCGGUCCAACGCGCAGCUCAAAGGUCUUUGAUUUCCAGAUAUGUCAACAAAGAGACUCUCAAAUACAUUUUCACCACACAUUUCUGGGGUCCUGUCUCGAAUUUUGGUAUACCCAUUGCAGCUAUCUAUGAUUUGCAGAAAGAUCCCACUUUAAUUUCAGGAACAAUGACAAGUGCAUUGUUGGUUUAUUCCGCCGUCUUUAUGAGAUAUGCAUUUGCAGUCACUCCAAAGAACUUCUUGCUUUUCGGAUGUCAUGUCAUUAAUGAAACUGCUCAGUUGGGUCAAGCAUAUAGAUUUUUGGAUUACAACUAUUUCAGUUCUCCUGAAAAACAAGCAGCUAUCAAAGCUAAGUAUGCCACCGUUGUUCCAAAUUAG